AUGGGUAGUGUCGGCCUAGUCUUUGCCCCCCUCGCCCCUCUGGUUGCGCUGGCCGCUUGCAUAGUUUUCUGGAUGGGCUCGUGGGUCUACAAAUAUCAGCUGAUGUUCGUAUACAUCACGCAAGUCGAAACUGGCGGGCGUUUGUGGAAUGUGGUCGUCAAUCGCUUGCUUUUCUGUGUGGUUCUGAUGCAGGCGCUGAUGGUCCUUACUAUCGGACUUCAAUAUGGUUUCGCGUCGUUGCAGUGGAUAUCCACCAUUCCUCCGAUCUUUAUCAUUGCGGUAUUCAAGGUGUACAUAAACCGUACCUUCGUCUCCAAGUUCCGGUACUAUGUUCCAAGCGAAGAUGAACUGCGUCUCGCAAAAGUGCAUUCAGAACGUGCCGAUAACAAGGGCAACAGACUCGAAAAGCGAUUUGGACAUCCUGCGCUUCAUCAAGAGCUCUUCACACCUAUGCUUCACGCGAAGAUGAUGCCUUUGUUAAGUCAAGUGUACAAAGGCAAGAUUGGCAAUGAUGAGGCCAAACUUGGCGAGUAUGGUGGACAGAAGAUGCAAGCACAGGUCGUGGAAGGCGGUAUCAAAAUUGCUGCAAUUGAACAGCGUGACCUUGAAUAUGACCCUGCUCUCUACCGUCGUGAUCGGGGUGAACUGGAUUGGGAUGCUCGCUCAAUGGCGUCUACAAAUAUCUUCAAUGAUGGGGCAUCUACAUUCCAUGGCCGUAACGGCUCAGGACAUUUCGCACAAGGUAGUUCCGCAAACUUGGCUGGCUAUGAACAAUAUCUAGCCGCUGGACCUGGUUAUCCACAGGCUCAGUCAACAGAACACUUUGAGCUCGCACCUAUCGACUCGCAAAACGAACCUCUGUUAGGCAAUCGUCACUUUCACCAGUCCAAUCACUCGCUGCUUAAUACGCCUCCUCAAUUAUACCAUGACUCUCCCGAAGGAUUCUCAAGAGCGGCCCCUAUACAUCGUCCACAAGAGUCCUACGGGCAUGAUUUUGCCAACAUGCCUAGCCAAAGCUCAUAUAUGAUGCGAACAAACAACUCUGGUCCUACGAUUAGCACAAGUCCUGGUCCCAUGGAUGCCAUGCGCAGCUACAGCCCAGGCCCAGGCCCUGCGCACAAUUCAUACAUCAUGGACUCGCGAGGAAGUCCAUCUCAACAGUAUCCCCCUCAGCCUCAUCGCCAGUACUCGUACGACCAAUACUCCUACCAUUCACCCUCACAGACAUCACCGCCGCAGUCACAAUUCUACCAACGACAGGGCAGUCAUCCGGCUUUAAAUAACAGUAAUGGUGCAUACAGAGGGUAG